CUUACCUUGAGAUCAGAUAGCGCUGAAAAAGUUUUUUCCUACUUUUGGCAGAAGUGGUUAAUGCUUUAAGACUUAAAGUUAACUUAAAGUUUAAGUGAUACUUUAAUAUAACUUGAUACUAACUAAAUGAUUUUGUCACCGCCCUAAGCCAUAAACAAAAGAAGACUGACAUUACCUGCUGCUAUCUCGUUCUGAUAAUUAUACCGUCUCGGUCUAAUCAAUGUGUCUUGACUUCUUUUAUUUAUGGUUAACCUAGAGAACAAAGCCGAUUUACGAAAAUAUUGGAUUUUAAUUUAGAAGAUUAACGGAUAGGGCUAAUAAUUGCAAAUUUUGUGAUUGAUGCAAGAGCAGCUAACUCAUUUACAAAAUGUCAGGAUUUGAGGUUCGGACAUCUAACAGUAAAAAGGGCAAAGGCUUAUACGCUACGAAGAAGUUCGAUCAAGGUGAUGUUAUAUUGGAAGAGGAUCCUUUAGUUUCCUGUCAGUUUGCGUGGAAUGCAGCUUACCGAUAUCUAGCUUGUGAUCAUUGUAUGAGGCCAUUAGAGACUCCAGAGCAGAAUGUGAGACGUUUAUCGUGCAAGCCUGAUAUUGUGCUGCCACACUCAAACUGCUUUGAAAGCAACUUGGAGUACAUCACCGGUUGUGACCAGUGCGCUGUAUUGUACUGCUCUGAUGGCUGCAAGCAAAAAGCAUUUGCUACGUACCACAGGAUUUUGUGCUACAAUACCAGUGAUGCUCAGCACCCGAUUACAAUUUUGCUCGAAGCUUGGAAACAAAUGCACUAUCCCCCAGAAACCACAAGCAUAAUGUUGCUAGUCCGGAUACUAGCGUUUAUAGAGCAGAGUUCAGACCCUUCUGAUGCUGCGUCAAGAAUCAAGCAGUUUUGUCACCAUACAGUGAAUGAGGAUGCGGAGUUGGUUCACAAGCUACUUGGGGAACAGUUUACAAGCCAGUUGAAUACUUUGAGGGAUUUAACUGCCAAUGUAGUCAGCGGAGAUCAUGCUCAAGAGUUCCUCACCCCAGAAGGCUUCUGUUCUCUCAUGGCCCUAAUAGGCACAAAUGGACAGGGAAUCGGUACUAGCCCACUGGCCAUGUGGGUGAAUGCUGUGAUGGAACUAACCAUGUCCGACGAUGAGAAGCAGCAACUUGAUUUGUUCAUUGAUAAAUUGUACCAGUAUGUUGAAGAAGAAUCUGGCACAUUCCUCAACACAGAAGGUUCGGGAUUAUACCAGGUACAGAGUGCAAGUAACCACAGCUGCGCUCCCAACGCCGAGUCGGUGUUUCCCUAUGGGAACCACAGGAUACAGUUGAAAGCCACCAAACCGAUCAUGCCUGGGGAAGAGAUCUGCAUCAGUUAUCUGGACGAAUGCUCGCUGCAGAGGUCUAGGCAUUCCAGGCAGAAGGAGCUAGCCCAGAACUACCUAUUCGUGUGCUGGUGUGAGAAGUGCAGCGCCCAGGCGUCCGAGCCUGACUGUACUAGCGAGGAGGAAAUGAGCGACGACGACGCCGACGACUGAUGUUCCAACCUGCUCGCUUUCUGCCUACUCGGCAUAUAACGCGGGCGGCUAGAGUUAAGUGUUCAGAGCCGGUUAUACCAGAGUAAAUUCAAAUGAGUAGGUCAUCUUCAUAGAAACGCACCGAGCGCGGUUUGUAUGUGAGCGCGCGCCAAUACGUAUGGGCGC